GUAGUAUCGCCAAAAGAAAUCGCAUCUCCGACAGUAUUAUGUUGAUAUGACGUUUCAUAAUACUUCUACAAUUUAACGUAAACUCCUGAACAGAUGUUUGACUAUUUGUUAACGUUCACCAUGAUUCAGUUUUCGGCGUAUAUUUUCUUGACUGCUCAAGUUUUAGUUUUUAUAAAAGCUGAUCCACUAAAGGGUGAACAGAUUUUUCAAGCGGAUCCUCAAGACUUCCCUUUUGUUGUGUCAUUUAGACAAAAAAUGUUGGAAGGACUGUUAGACAGUGAACACUUCUGUACUGGAUCACUUAUUACGCAGAUACACGUUAUAACAGCUGCACACUGUUUUGAAGAAAGAAUAGAAAGUGAAAUCGAAGCGAUCAUUGUGGGGGAAUAUUGGAUAAGGCCCUAUGUCGAUCACGGAAUUGAUUAUUGGUUAAUAUAUGACUCCUGGGCUCGAGAAAAUGGAAAAGCUAUCGAGAUGCCACUGAAUGACAUAGCAAUCGCUAAGUUAUCAUCACCGGCAAAUCGUGAACAUAUAACACCUGUCUCCCUCACGAAUUUAAAUAACAAACAGCUCUAUGGAACGAAGGCAAUGAUAAUUGGCUGGAAAGCCAUAAAUGAGGAUUCACUUACAAUGGUCUUACUGCAAGGAAAAGUGACGAUAUUAUGUCCCAGUAAAUACGAGCGAUUGUUAAAAUUGGUGGCGAAUCGAAUAAUUAAACUUAACAAAAUUUAUCUAGCUACGUUCACCGCACCGUAUAUACUCGCAAGUUGUGGUGAUAGCGGUGGACCGCUUUUGGACAACAACCAUUUUCUUUUAGGUGUCACACGUAGUACAUGUCCCAUUUCAAGAUGGGGUAACUUCUCUGAGGAAUUUAUAAAUCAAUAUAAAAUUAAUCUUCAUUCGAGUGUCCAUUACUACAGUGAUUUCAUUGAAAAUGUAACAUCAUUGUCUAAAGAACAAUAAUAACUGUGAUAACUAUUUAAUUUUGUCUUAUCCAUGCCGUAGGACUUUACUUUAAUAAAUAUAUUGUAGAUAAUCUGGAUUGUAAUAAAAAGGUUAUUCUCAUAUGAUCUUCUUAAAUGUAAGCGAAACAAUCUUGUCUGAUGUAAAUAAAUACGUGCUUUCUCAACAUAUAGCACUACACCAUUUUUGAAAUAAAACGACUUUCUCUUAAGAACUACAAAAAUUAUAUAUUGAAAUAUAUAACGAAGAAACGUUUGUAAAGAGUAUAUUAUCCUUUCAGAGUCACAGAAGCCACUAUAGUGGCUAUAUAUUUCAUUUCCCUUUUUCUU